AUGCUAAUCCCAUUCACCGAGAACUGGGCAUCAUCAGCCCCCGGAUGGGUCAUCGGCACGCUCGUCUUCUGCGUGGCUGCCCUCGCGGGUUGUAGAAGGAGGGGAGCCGUGGAUGACGCCAUCCAGCGUUGCAGGACUUGCAGCUGCAAGAAGAAGAAGAAGGAGGAGCCGGAGCCGCAGUUCUACCAUGCCGAUGACAGCGAGCCAUCUCCACCUCGACUCCCAGAUGACUGGGAGGAUCACGUAGCGAAGUUUCGUCUAGAUCCAAAUGAUCGGAGUAAACGGGUCAAGACAAUUGACCAUUGCCGUACUUGCCGCACCACCCACCGUCGUUAUGAAAGGUGUACGCCUUGUGAGACGUGCCAUCAGCCAUUCGAUACUUGCCCGAAAUGUAAGCGGCCGUGCGAUUUCGAUAAGAUGCAGCGAGAGGAGCAGGAGAAGCGCGAGAAAGAAGAGAAAGAGCAAAAGAAGGAGGCCGAGAAGAAGUGCGACCAGAAAAAGGAGAGCGAGAAGAAGCUGAAAGCUGAUGAAAAGAAGGAACCGGCGAAAGAGGAAGGAAAGAGCCUGAAAAACGAGAAUAAGGUGGCCGCCGACGAGAAGAAGGAGAGCGACAAGAAGUCGAAACCGAAAGAUACCCCGAAAAAGGAGAAGAAGGACGAGGAAAAGAAGGAAGGGUCAAAAGCGGAAGACGUGAAGAAAGAAGACGAAAAGAAGGAUGGAGAAAAGAAGGAGGAGACGGAGAAGAAAGAUGGGGAAAAGAAGACGCCG